AUGGGCUGUGUGUUGCUGUUUCUGCUGCUGGUGUGUGUCCCGGUGGUCCUCCCUCAGGGUCUCCGCUGCCUCUUCUGCCCGGUAACGUCGCUGAACAGCUCGUGUGCGCCGGUAGUGACCGAGUGUCCGGUGCAGGAGCUCUGCUACACCGCGGACGGCCGCUUCGGGCGCUCCUCCGUGCUCUUCCGCAAGGGCUGCAUGUUGAGGGCAGACUGCAGCCGCUCCAGACACCAGAUGAUCCGGGGAAACAACAUCAGCUUCAGCUUCUCCUGCUGCGGGGGACACUACUGCAACUCCCAGCCGAGAGCGGAGCCCGGGGGCCGGCUACUGCUGCUGCUGCUGCCCGCUGCUGCGCUCACCGCCGCCGGGGCACUCUGA